CUGGAGGCUUGUUAACUAUUCAUGAGGGGGCGGGUCGAGCCGGGCGGCCUUUGUUAACCGGAGGGCGCGGUCGCCGGGAUUUCCACUGCGGGCUUCGCGGAGCGGGACUUGGCUGCCAGAUUGCGGUCGAGAUGUCCUACAUCCCGGGCCAGCCGGUCACGGCCGUGGUGCAAAGAGUUGAAAUUCAUAAGCUGCGUCAAGGUGAGAAUUUAAUCCUGGGCUUCAGCAUUGGAGGUGGAAUUGACCAGGAUCCCUCCCAGAAUCCUUUCUCAGAAGACAAGACGGAUAAGGGCAUUUAUGUCACACGGGUAUCGGAAGGAGGCCCUGCUGAAAUUGCUGGGCUACAGAUUGGAGACAAGAUCAUGCAGGUGAACGGCUGGGACAUGACCAUGGUCACACACGACCAGGCCCGGAAGCGGCUCACCAAGCGCUCGGAGGAGGUGGUGCGCCUGCUGGUGACGCGGCAGUCGCUGCAGAAGGCCGUGCAGCAGUCCAUGCUGUCCUAGCAGCCCGCCGAGGUCCCGACGCGUGCCUGCCGCCUCCUUGUACAGUGACACUACUUCCACAGUCUGCCCCUCGUCCUGGCUCCUGCUGAGUGCUGGGCCCCCACUCCGAAGGGCAAGAGCUGGUCCCAGAGGCCUGGCUGGCCUGCCUUCCCCUCUCAGCAGUGGCCUGAGGCUCUGGGACCAGCCCUCCCUUGGACACCGAGGACUGGAAACAAUGGCCUGGAGUUGAGUUGUAGUCAGUUUGUAGUGACCACCAGUUCAUUCCCCAGACCCUGCUGCCAGGUCUCAGCAAUGCCCAGGGGAGCAGGGCCCCCACUUCCUGAGAGCGGCCGCAAAGCAGAACAACGCCUGGUGGGCCAGCCCUGCCCUCUGUCUCAGCGCCAAAGUGCCUGUGUCCGACGCAUUCCCGUUGCUCAGAGGGGAUUCGACACUGCAGAGGCAGAAGUCUGCCAGCAUGGAAGCCAGCGGGCUCAGUGCACCCAUCGCUCCCCACUCCUCCGAGGGGUGCUAGCCUUCCAGGGUUCACCAGCUUACCAGAUUUAGAUGAGGUUUUGAGGCUGACUUUUGAGGGCAUUUUUCAAGAUUGCAAAUCUCCUCUAUGCCUGUCUGUUUAACGUUUGUACUUUUUUAAUCACUUUGAUACAAAGGGGUUUUAUCUUACUAUUUGGAGAUGCCAGUUCUACUUUGAAUUUAGCUUACUAAUUCAAUCUGGGAAUGACUCAGCAAAUUAGAAAACCUUAUUUUGGUUACUGUGGAAAUGGGGCAGUAUGACACCCUCCCUCCCCCCCACACACACCUUGUGCCCAAUAAACAGAGCUGGGAUUCACGGGUCUGUGCUAAGGUGCAGGCAGGGCUGGGGUACUGGGGGUGGAUUACAGGACAGCUUUGUUUGUAAGGUUGGCGACCCUGGCCCUGGCUGCUCUGGGAAGAAGCCCCACUGUUCCUAGGCCCACGGGACAUGGGCUUGGCCUGGCCACAUCCACCUUCACCCAACUUCCCUUGUGAAUCGGGUCUCAGUCCCCACCCAGGAGCCUCAUGGAGACCAAGGGGUUCAUGGGGAAAAUACCCUCCCCCUAAGGCUCUUAAGAGCACUCAGUUGAUCACAGCCAGGGAUGCAACCCCAAACGUUUCCAGAGGCUGCCACCUGGCAAAAUGGGGUGACUGGAGCCCUCCAGGCCUCCGGCUGGCCCACCAUGGGCUGCAUUACCAGCUCUGGGAAUUGUUGCCACUCAUGGACCCACUGACAAAUCAGAUUUUUGAAAUCUCCCACUUUUAAAGUGUGGCACCUGGUACCAUACUGGGUGGCCCAAAUAAAACAGGUGUGCAUACUU